AUGAAGCUUCUUGAAACCCCACUUGAUAUUUGGUUAAGCAUCAAGGACUUUAUGACGCCAGCAGAUGUCGAAAACAUCAUAAACACCAGCUCUAUCCUCUGGAAACAGAUCUUCAAAGAUACUAGUUGGCUGGAGUUUGCCUUGACAUUUGAUCGAUGCUCUCCAGUUCUUAUUGGCCAUAGCUUGAGCACCUAUCGCCCCCGAAAAUCGGCAAGCCGUCUCUACCUUGCUCUUAUCGCAGGUGACCAUUCAGGCGAUCUUAAAUACGAAAGCGAAAGGUGCUUUGCCGCUCUUCAAGAUGGUUGGAAAUAUGACAAGGAUAGAUAUGAGGUCUACUUCCCGUCUGGCAUUACCCUGAAUAUCUACGAUAUUAUAAAUGGCCAUGAGACGGUAAAGCUACCUUUGAAGAAGGUUUUUACCAACACGAAGAAGGGAAUCUACUCAGAAUACUGUUAUUACAGAUAUCCGGCGAUAAGGGAAAUACGGUCAUCCGAUAUCGCAAAAUGGGAUCCUGACUACAGAACACAUCUGCGUGCGCCUCUUGGUUGGUGGAAAGGCCCUGCCAUCAAGGGUAGAGACAUACAAAAAGGUUGCAGGGUUACACUUUUGAACCGGGAUAUAAAGGAAAUUUAUGUCAUUCUUCCAAGGCAUACGGAAGGCAAGCAAUGA